UCGAUACCCCUCACACGCCGAUCUACGAUAGGCCGCUGGAAGCCCUCCCCCUCCCAGCAGCGGCUGCUGCUGGGUCUAGACCCCCGGGUCGCCGCGCAACGUUCACAUGACCUGCGCCUCUUCCUUCCGCACCACCUGGCGCGGAAACUGAUGCGGGACAGGCCGGGCGACAUGCUGGGCCAGCCGUUUGACGUGUUGUUGGCUCGGCUGCUUGCUUUGGGAGAUGUGCUGGGCACAUCGGUGCAGGGGGUGAUGGACAUGGCUACUGCGGCUCCGGCGCUGCUGGGCAGGAAUCCGGAGGCGGUGGGGAAGGUGGUUUCGGAGCUGGUGGCAGCAGCUGAGCAGGAGCUGCGAGCCAAGGAGCCCCGGGCCCUCAUCCUUGCAGUUCUCAAACGCCAACCCAAGCUCCUCGGCCGGCCAGUGGGCGAGCUGCGGGAGAUCAUGUCACUCCUGGCGGAGCACCGGGAGGCCUCCCAGCAGGCCAAGCUGCUGUACGACAAGGGAUAUGACGUGGACCUGGCUGCGGGGCCGCUGGGGGCCUGGCUGCAUGCGGGGCUGGCUAGGGCGCUCUUCCUCAAGUACAUGCACAUGAAUUCUCCGCUGGGGGCCGACGAUCUGUUCCCCUACGUCACGCCGUACAACGCGCGAGCCCUUCGAGCAGAUCCCAUUAUGGCAUACGUCCCUGCCAUAAUCUACUCGCCCUUCCACAAAUGGCUGGAUCAGGUUUGGUUGGAGCGGGACAUGCUCAGUAGCAGCGGCAACAGCAGCGGCGGCAGCAAGGCUAGGCGCAGCAAGAAGGCCUAGAUCAUGCGCUUCUGCAAGUCCUGUUCAUGGCUAAGAAUUAGGGGUGGCGGAAGGCUCAGGAACCCAGGCGGCCGGGGUGAAGGGGGAUAGGGGGCCAUAGCUGGCCUGACUGCACUGCCUCGGGGGUUGCUGCAUGUGGGUUGGUGCAUGUGGAUCUUGGCGUACGGUUGCCCUGGUGCUGCCUACGCGAUGUGGUGGGAGGAGGGUUGGCGUUGAGCUGUUGGCGUUGUGUUGGCAGGUUGUUUGUUGUUCAGGUUGUCCGUUGCCUCCCUUCGGCAUCGUGGGUCUGAGGCAAGCCGGUGUGAGGGAACAGUGUCGCUGCCCGUUAGUUUGUCAUGAGGUGUAUCACAUGUUCAUGAAGUGGUCAUGAGAGUGCGUAUGUUGAGAGUUGUCUGGUUUGGCCGCAUGUACCGGUAUCAUGGUUGCCUAUCUAGGUGUGCAUCAUAUGCAUGCAUGUAGGGUGCAUUGGCUUGUGUUCGUCGUAUAGCCCCCCAGGUCCUUAGUGGACGGCCUCGCAACUGAUCGUAGCCUUGCGAACGCCAACUGGCAUUCAUUACACACGUCAUAGGUCAUCGCGUAAUCAACUGGGUUAGUCACUGUCUCUGCAGGAGGACCGGCCAACGGUUAGUGACCGUUGUGUUAACCCAACUGAGCCGCGUAUCGGUAAUAAUACUGAGCUUCGUGUAUGUUGUUGUUAUAGGGUGUGAUGCUAAUCGGAAAGACCCAUGGUUCACUGAGGGUAACACGAUCCCUAGGAACAAUGCAGGUGGCGGACCUUUCCUCAGUUCUUGGUGGCAUCGGUCUGGGUUACCGUACAGGUUUGCACAGCUGGUACAGCAGCAGGUGAAACGAUGCGGGGGGUAGCUAGUGUUCGAUGACCCAGAGCAUCUCUAUGCUGUACUGUCUGCUUUUCCUUGCACCUUGCUUGACUGAGCUCCCGUGGGCUAUUCGAAUCAAGGGUUGAUAAACCUGAUGUAAAUACUCUAGGAAUUAUACAGCGUUUCCCAACUGGAAGC